AUGUCAUUCAAUUUUGUGUUUUUCAACGGUGAUGUGCGGAGGGACAAGAAGCAAGAAGCAAUGUUCAGGAGCUUGAAUGAACGAGACAACUUCCUGAACAAAUUGAAAGAUAUGGAACAGAAGAGAGAAAGAGAAGUGAAACAGACGGAUGCGGCGAAGAAAAUUCAGAGAAUUUGGAGGGGACACAGGGCGAGAAACGCAUUGAGACUACAAUUUCGAGCAGAGUUUGAUGCGAUUUCAGAGGCACAGAGAGGCACAGAGCAAAUCAUCCAAAUGUCUCAACUGCUCGUCAACUUCUAUGAAACUAAGAAAGACGAGGAACGACUGGUUAUGUUGCUCGCUGAGCUCGUGAAAUCACGAACCGCAGAUAAGGCAUUCGAGCAAAGGAUUCGUGAUACUCAACGACUUCUUUUGGCUCGUUGUUGCGUCAAAUUUGUACAGCAAGCGACAGAGAACACAAUAUUCUUCCAUGUGUUCAGAUAUCUCGAAGACUACGUCACUUGCCAUGCUCAUCUCUACGAAGCGAUCUCUCAACUCGGUCUAUUCGAAGCGGAAUUCCAUCUUCUGGAGGCUCUCAUCGGAAAACCAGAGAAUAAUAAUAUCCAGAAAAUGUCACUUACUCCACGUCAUCUUCAAUUACUUACUAGAAUUUUUGAGGUUUUUGUGAAUCCAUCCCGUGCCACUCCAAUCUCUGUGAAAGUGGCCGAUCGGCUACUCAAAACACUAUGUGUCAAUAUUACAGAUCUCAAUUUUGUCAACUAUAUACUGUAUUAUAUCAAAGAUCAUAUCAGGCUGAGUUGUCCAAACUUCCCCGUUCUCUUCGAAGCAAUCCGAUCAGCUGAUAUUCCAAAUGGAUGGAAAGCUCGUCCGGAGCAAAUCGAGACGGCUUCAAUCCGACUCCGUUCGAUUCUCAUAUCAUUCGUUGAGCAUAUCGAUAAGACAAAUGCAGACGAUUUAGUGCAGUAUUUCAAUUCUCUUGGUCCAUUCUUGGUGACUCAUUCGGCGGUUACACGAGAUCUGAAUGUGAAAGAGGACUUGUCAGAGUUCGGACGGUUGCGAACGGCUAUAAACAAACAUUUGAUGGAGAGCUGUGAGAGCACGUUGACUUCCAUUCAAUUCAGAAGAGCCGCGUGUGCUUAUGCAAACACAUCGAAAGUCAGUGUGUCGACACUUAUCUCACUCAAAAAGUACUUUUCUCAAUACUUGGAUCUCUUGGCGUCAUCUAACACUUUCGUCGAAUCACUCUAUGGCUUCAUUUCCUCAUCGUGUCGUGAUGGUCACUUCGAUACGGGUAAUCAGGUCUCUCCGAAAAUCAAUGCACUCGAACUGUUCUGUAAUUGUUUGACGAAACGUGUCUCGUCGGUCGCUGAUUCUGACUUCGAUCCGGUUGCAAUCUUUGUGGAUUUCGAUAAUACUGUAGAGUUCUUGAGAGAUACUGCUAUCAAAUUGAUUCAUGUCAUGUAUCCACAACUUGAGAAUUCUGCAAUUUAUACUGGGAAUUCGAAGCAGAAAAUGGAGAAGGCUGAGGCGGAGUGGAAAAGUGUGACGGAAUCGGUGUUCUCAAUUCUCGGUGCAAUCUAUCAAAAGGAUAUUCGUAUCAAAUAUUUCCCAGAAGGAUUCUGGACGAAUCACGGAAGAGAAGUAUUGAGUGGAUUGGGAGAUCAACGGAGACUUCCGAGACGGCGUCUGCCGAAUGGACGGGUUCUUCAGGAACGAACAAUGGAUUCAGAAUUCGUGGAACGUCUCUCCGCAAUCUACGAGCACGACAGUGAUUCAGAGAAUGAGGACGAGAACGAGAGAGAAGAAAACGGGAUGCUUCCAUCGGCACUACGACGAGCGAUAUGCGUAAUGAAACAUAUUCCGUUCAUUGUUCCAUUCAUGGAUCGAGUCAAACUUUUCCAACGAUUAUUGAAUCAAGAACACGAUAAACACUUCUCGGAGAAUCAGCCACGACGGAAUAGUGGAUUCAAUUUGACAGUGAGAAGAGAUCAAGUCUAUAUGGAUGCUUAUGAAGCAUUCAAACCAAAAAUGGUUCAGGAUAAAGUGAGAGAUCUCAAAUCGCACGUCAUUGUAAAAAUGGUGAAUUGGGCUGGAAUGAACGAGUCGGGUGUCGAUGGCGGUGGAAUUUUCCGUGAAUUCUUAUCGGAACUUCUGAAGGAUGCAUUCAACGUGGAUCGUGGGUUCUUCACAGAAACCGAGGGAAAACUUCUGUAUCCGAAUCCAACGGCUCCGUAUCUUCUUGGAGCGGAUUGUCUGUCACACUUCCAGUUUAUUGGCAGAAUGAUUGGAAAAUUGAUUUAUGAGAGACAGCUCCAAGAAGUUCGAUUCGCGGAAUUUUUCAUGGCUCAAUUAUUCGAAACUGACAAGGACAAGGACAUGGACUUGCAGCAUAUGAAGAGUUUCGAUCCACUGAUUUUCAAGAAUCUCAAAGUUUUACAAAAGAUGAGUGAGAACGAAUUGGACGAAUUGCAGUUGGAUUUCAGUGUGGUCACGAGUGAUGUUGGGUUGGUUAGAAAUGUGAAUCUCAAGCCAAACGGUUCGAAACAACGGGUUACUGUAGAUAAUGUCAAUGAGUACGUUCGACUCUAUGUGAAUUAUCAUCUCAAGCAAAGAAUCGCCACAAUGGUCGCCGCAAUCCGUCGUGGAAUCAGUGAAGUGAUUUCAAUCGAGUGGAUGAGCAUGUUCGCAUCUCACGAACUUCAAAUUCUGAUAGCCGGAUACGAAGAAAUUUUCACGGCGAAAGAUUUGAAGAAACACUGUGAAAUGCGAUUCGCCGCUGAGACGCUGGGCGACAGACAGUACGAAGAAAUGUUCUGGGAGGUUGUGGACGCGCUGUCGAAGGAGGACAAAAUGGCGUUUUUGAAAUUCGUCACCGGAUGCUCUCGCGCUCCAGUCGACGGAUUCAAGAGCCUCAAUCCACGUAUGGGAAUUCUUGUGGUUCAUCCAUCAGAAGACGAGCUCCCGACGAGUGCCACGUGCAUGAACAUGCUAAGAAUCCCGAGAUACUCAAACCGUACAAAACUCGAGGAGAAGCUCCGCUACGCCAUCAAUUCUGGAGCCGGAUUCGAGUUGGCUUAA